UAUACAAUCACUGUUAUCUGGUUCCAGCACACAUGUUGCAAGUAAACAUUGGAAGUUGGGAUACAGGCAUCUGUCAAAAUGGAAGCGGAAGGACUUGACAUUUUAGAGCCAACAGAUCUUUAUAAUAUGCUACAACAAGCUACCAUAUAUUCUAAUUUAAGCGACCCCAAUUAUUUACUUUUGAUAGAUGCUCGAAAUAAAAAUGAAUACAACGAAAGUCAUGUUGUAACUGCCAAGAAAGCUCCUAAGGAUGCUGAAGGUUCUUUUGGAGUACCUUAUGAUGCAGAACUGGAAUGUAAACAAAAUGUUGUGGUAUAUGACAGUAAUACAAAAACUCUCCGUGAAGGAGGUCUGGCUAUAGACUGUGGGCUGAUGUUAUGGGAUAAGGGAAGCAGAAACAGAGUUAAAAUACUUAAAGGUGGUUAUGAAGAAUUCUCGGCACUUUAUCCUUUCCUAAGAACGCAGAAAAUUAUGUUCAUGCCUAAGGAAAUGGAUGACAUGAAAUCCUAUCCUAUUGAAAUCAUACAUGGCUUCCUGUACCUUGGAAACUGGCGCCAGGGCAACGCACAGUACAUUCAGAAAGACCUGAAGAUCAAAGGACAUGUUAACUGCUGUGUGGAGUCAGAAUCAUUUUUUUCAGAACCAGGGCCUCACCUAUUACACCUACAGGUAAACGAUGAAGUGGAAGCUGAUCUCUACAGUAAACUACAGAAUGCUUGUGCUUUCAUAGAUACCCACAAAGAGAAGAAUGAAGCAGUCCUUGUUUUCUCCUGUUUGGGAAUCAGUCGUAGUGCCACAGUGAUUGUUGCCUACCUCAUGCAUCACUACAAAUGGACACUGAAGGAAGCUUAUGCUCAUCUGACACAAUGCUGCUCAACAGUUCGACCAAAUCGAGGGUUUAUUCAUCAACUCUCCAAAUUUGAGGAAUAUUUAUUCGGAAAAGCGACAACACAAAUAGAAGAUCCAAAUUACUGAUAACAUCAAGUGUUCAUUCAUUAACUUCUGAAGUCAUCAAGUUUUAAUUUUGAUUUGUAUUUUUUAUCGCUGUGUACAAAGAAAUUAAGUAUGAUUAGUUCGCAAAUACAAACUGUACAAAUAUUUCCUCCCAAAGAACAGGGCGUAUCUACCAGCCGCUUACAGUGCUAGCAAUUUGAUCUGGGCAAUUGUCCUGGCAGAAAAAAAAUUAUAUAAGAUAUUUGUGUUGUAUAUAUGUGAUUUUGUUCUUUUGUUCAUCAUCGGAAUUGUCCUUUUGUUUAUAUCUACAAUGUCAUAUUAAAUUAAUAUUUUAAUAAUUUUGUAGCAUUACUAUUUCAAAUUUGAAUAAUGUUUUUUUUCCGUUAUGUUGUCAUUUUUUUGUUCAAUUUUUGUAAAGUUUUUUUGAACAUUUGUCUGAUUCGAGAAUAUUAUAUACAGCCUUAUAUGUUAACAUAAUUAGCAUAUUUACCUUAUAUGAUACACUGUAUAUAAAGUUAUGUUUUCAUAGAUGAAAUAAGGGAAAAUAACUGAUUUUAUAUCUAUGAGGCUCCAGUUUGAAACCAUAUUUUGCACUGGAGAUUCCCAGAUUUUCUGAAAUGGAUAUUCCAGGCCAAACUGGAGACAUGGUUAUAAAAUACACAUUUGGAAAAUAUCUAGAACACAUUUGCUUUCUGUAAAUUUCUUGAAUGUGGAUGGUUUUAUAUUUAUUUAUUUACAAGAUACUGUGAUUAGAUAUAAAGCUUGUAUAUUAUGCAAUAUAUAUAUAUGUAUGUUGCAAAAUAAAUUUUUGUUUUGGAGUUAUAAAAUACAGAGUUUUCAAAUGGUUUGGUUAAAAAGUCGGUAGCUUAUGAAAGUAGAAGAUAAUAUCACAUGUUUAUUUUGAAAACAAACUGAAAUUUGUUGAAAGUGAAAAAAGAAAAAAAAUGCAUUUCUGAUGUUUUUUUGUUUCCAAAUAAUCUGAUCUAUUUAUUUUAUUAGUAGAAUGUUAAAAACAUAAGAAUUUUUAAUAUUCUAGCUUGCAUAGGAGACAAGGUAUGAAACUGCAUUUUGAUCUGACAGAAUAUUUUAAGCUCUAAAUGUGAUAAAAUAAGAAGCUCUAAAAUAUGUAUGGAAGUCAGACAUGAUUAUUAGUUGUACUAUUGAAUUACAGAUUUUGUAUUGAUAACAUUUCAAAUAUUGAAAUAAAAUCAUAUUACAGUAAUAAUAUAAAAAAAACAAGGAAAAUUACAACAUACAAUGUAUACAAUAUAUUGACAUACAAUAUAUACAAUAUAUUGUAUUGAUGUGUAAAUUAAAGAAUCUUUAAAACA